CCAACGAGAGCAGAGGCCUGUCCAUUCUGGGGUCUGCGUCCGUAUCACCUUCCUCCGUCCCAGCAUGCCGCUGUACGAGGGCCUUGGGAGCGGCGGGGAGAAAACGGCAAUAGUGAUAGACCUGGGAGAGGCCUUUACCAAGUGUGGAUUUGCUGGAGAAACUGGUCCAAGAUGUAUAAUUCCUAGUGUGAUAAAAAGAGCUGGCAUGCCUAAGGUUCCAUCUGUCUUGCUUGCUCCAAGUCAUCUAAUGGCUCUUCUGACACUUGGGAUUAACUCUGCCAUGGUCCUGGAUUGUGGAUAUAGGGAAAGCUUGGUGUUACCUAUAUAUGAAGGAAUCCCAGUACUGAAUUGUUGGGGAGCACUCCCCUUAGGAGGAAAAGCUCUUCACAAGGAGUUGGAAACUCAACUGUUGGAACAAUGUAAUGUUGACACAAGUGCUGCUAAAGAACAGAGCCUUCCCUCAGUGAUGGGUUCAAUUCCAGAAGGUGUCCUAGAGGACAUUAAAGUUCGCACUUGCUUUGUAAGUGAUCUGAAGCGUGGACUAAAUAUACAAGCAGCAAAAUUUAACAUUGACGGGAAAACUGAGCGUCCCACACCACCCCCAAAUGUUGACUACCCAUUAGAUGGAGAGAAGAUUUUACAUGUCCUUGGAUCAAUCAGAGAUUCAGUUGUGGAAAUUCUUUUUGAACAAGAUAAUGAGGAGAAAUCAGUUGCCACUUUAAUGUUGGAUUCACUUAUGCAGUGCCCAAUAGAUACCAGAAAGCAACUAGCAGAGAAUUUGGUAGUCAUAGGUGGCACAUCUAUGUUGCCAGGAUUUCUCCACAGAUUGCUUGCAGAAAUAAGAUAUUUGGUAGAAAAACCAAAAUAUAAAAAAGCACUUGGCAGCAAGACAUUCCGAAUUCAUACUCCACCUGCAAAGGCUAAUUGUGUGGCCUGGUUGGGAGGAGCUAUUUUUGGAGCACUGCAAGACAUACUUGGGAGCCGUUCAGUCUCAAAAGAGUAUUAUAAUCAGACAGGUCGUAUACCAGAUUGGUGUUCUCUCAACAACCCACCUUUGGAAAUGAUGUUUGAUGUCGGGAAAGCUCAACCACCUCUGAUGAAGAGAGCAUUUUCCACUGAGAAAUAAAAGUUUGAUUAAAAUUCAUCUUUGCUUGAUUUCAAAUAUUUAAUCAAUUAUAAGCAAAUUGUACCAAGUAUGUAGGAUGUUUUGUUAUAGGCAACUUUAGUAGAAAUGAAAGCAUUUCUGUAUUUUCUUCUGUGUUAAUAUGUAAUUCUUUUGACUUUCUCUUGUGUAGUGGUAAAAUGGAAGCUGAUGCUUAUGAGAUUUGCUGUAUUUACAUCAAUAAAAUAUAGUAAAGUAGUUUAAUUUUGGAAGUUUGUUACAUAGUCCACUUUUCAAAAAAUAAUAGCAUUGUCCCUCUGCAGUUCAUAUAAUCUGUCCUGGUAUUAGAGACUCCAUUAAUUUUAUUAUAUUCAGCAGUUAUUUCAUUUAACAAGUAAAUAAUGUUACCAUUACUAGUUAUUUCAAAUAUUAACGUUGGUCUAUUUUUAAAAAUCCUUUUUGGUAUUUAUGUGUCCAUGUUAUGAUAAUGUUGCUUUUCCAGAAAAAUUUUACAUGGAUAGAAAUAUAUUUGUCCCUUUGGACUGACAAUGUUUGGUAGUACAGUAUAGUUAAGCAUCUGUUAAGCAAAGUGUACAAAUGUUCACUUUUUAACUUUACAGUUUCUUUUAUGAGAAAUUCUACAUUUCUGAGAAAAACAAGAUAAUGUUUGUGUAAAGUUACAGCUGCCUUAUAAACAUAUAGUCAUAAUGUCAUUAAUCUUUUCUUUAGUGCUUUGUAUCUUUUCAGGGCAGUGGUUCUUUGAAAUAUGUACUCAUUUUUUAAAUUUUUAUUUUUGUUAAUUUGUUUUUAAUGAACUACCUCUUGCUGAAAUUUUGCUGGUUUCAUUCUGUCUAGGUACCUGUGAAGAUGGGAAAUAUAUACAUAUAUGUACAUGCUCAUAUACUUGAAACUCUAUGGGGCCAUAUAGUUGAAGACAGAGUAGGAAUUUACCCUUGAUAGAUUUUCUGGACUAUAUAUUUCCCAAGUCUAUUUUUACUCAUAGUUUAAUCAUUCUGAUUUCCAUUUCUGGAUCUUUCGUUGUUUUGUCACAUACUUACGUAUGAAGAUCCCAACACCAACUAACACUUGAAAGAGCCUUCCUGGUAUUAAGAGUAGGAAAGGAUUCCUCUUUUAGAUUUAUGUUGUAUUGUACUUUUUAAUUUACUUCUAGCUCUACUUUGUCACUAUGUGCCACUUUAGUAGCCCAAUACUAAGAUUCAUUCAACGUUUAUUGAAUGUCUGCUGUGUACUUUGUAUAAUUUUAGACACUGUAAGUGCUUCAACAGUAAGACAUGGACCUUUGCCCUCAGGAACUUUACAGGUGAGUAGAAAAAUGGGUGUGUACACAACUGAUCAUACAAAACAAUGUGGUAGGUGCCAUAAAAGGUAUGAGUUUCUUGUUGCUGAUGUACAGGCAGUCCCCAGGUUACGAACAACUCGUACUUAAGAACGGACUGCCAUGAAGCCUAUUAUGACACUCAAGAAAACACUGUGCAAUUUGGAAGUGUUUCUUAAGGGUUUUAUAUGUAUAAAAAGGUAAAAUAUAUACUAUAUACUAAGACAAACAUUUGACUAACUGAAGCUAAAUAAGAACUGUAUGUAUCUGUUCUGUCUUACCUACAAAUUCGACUUAAAGACAGACUUAGGAACUGAUCUUGUUGGUAACCCGGGGACUGUCUAUAAAUUCUGACCAGGAGUUGAGGAAAGCUUCACUGAAGAAGGAUGAGUAGAAUUUCGAUUGUAGAGGGUUAUUCCAGGCUACGUGAACAUAAGCAAAUGUGAAUUCUCUGUGUACACAAAAUCUUAAAGGGGGUGAUCUGAUAUUGCUAAAGCAAAGGGUGGCAUAGGAGCCUUGGUGGUGCAACAGUUAAGCGCUCAGCUGUUAACCUAAAGGGUGGCGGUUUGAUUCUACCCAGUGGCUCUGCGGGAGAAAGACCUGGCGAUCUGUUCUCCUAAAGAUUACAGCCUAGAAAACCAUAUGGGGCAGUUCUACUCUGUCACAUAGAGUUGCUAUGAGUCGAAAAUCGACUCAACGUCACCGAACAACAAAGGGUGGCAUUGAGUUCAGGCAUUGCUAAUAUCAUUUAAGAUUAGAUCAUGAAGAACUUGAAAGCCAUGUUAAG